AUGCGGCGGGCGGCGGCGCUGGUGCUGCUGGCGGCGGCGCUGAGCGGCCCCGGGGCCGGUGCGCGGAGCUGCCCCGCGCUCAGCCUGGGCUGCAAGUGCGCGGCCGAGCGGGCCAAGGCGGGCGGCGGCCCCGGCGCGCCCCGGCGGAGGGUGGUCUGCAGCGGCGGGGGGCUCCCCGCACCGCCCGAGCCGCGCCUGCUGCCCGAGGGCACCGUCACGCUGCUGCUGAGCAACAACAAGAUCACGGUGCUGGAGAACGGCUCCUUCUCGGGGCUGCGGGCUCUGGAGAAGCUGGACCUGAAGAACAACCUGAUCAGCACGGUCCAGCCGGGCGCCUUCCUCGGCCUCCCCGAGCUGAAACGCCUGGACCUCUCCAACAACCGCAUCGGCUGCCUGAGCGCCAGCGUCUUCCAGGGGCUCCCCAACCUGCUCCGACUGAACGUGUCCGGGAACAUCUUCUCCAGCCUCCCGCCCGGCGUUUUUGACGAGCUCCCCUCCCUGAAAGUCGUGGACUUUGCCACCGAGUACCUGACGUGCGACUGCAACCUGCGCUGGGUGCUGCGCUGGGCCCGCGAGCGCGGGGCGCAGAUCUCGGAGCGGACGGCGUGCGCGUUCCCCCGGCAGCUGCGCGGCGCGGCCCUGCGAGGGGCGCGGGACGGGCAGCUCCGCUGCGCGGGAGCCCCGGAGCUGCACACGCACCACCUGAUCCCGUCGCUGCGCCAGGUGGUUUUCCAGGGCGACCGGCUGCCCUUCCAGUGCACGGCCACGUACCUGGACAACAGCACCCAGAUCCGCUGGUUCCACAACCGCCAGCCCGUGCAGGAGGAUGAGCAGACGGGCGUCAUCGUGGAGGAGAGUCUCAUCCAUGACUGCACCUUCAUCACCAGCGAGCUCAUCCUCUCCAACAUCCACGUCUCCGCCAACGGCGAGUGGGAAUGCGCCGUCUCCACCUCCCAGGGAAACGUCAGCAAGAAGGUGGAGAUCGUGGUGCUGGAGACCUCUGCAUCCUACUGCCCUGCCGAGCGCGUCACCAACAACCGCGGGGACUUCAGGUGGCCCCGCACCCUGGCAGGGAUCACGGCCUACCAGCCCUGCCUGCAGCACCCGUUCGCCGCGGGGCCGGCGGGCGCGGGCUCGGCGGGCGAGAAGCAGGCGUGGCGGCGCUGCGACCGCGCCGGGCGCUGGGAGGACGGCGACUACUCCCACUGCCUCUACACCAACGACAUCACCCGCGUGCUCUACACCUUCGUGCUGAUGCCCAUCAACGCCUCCAACGCCCUGACCCUGGCUCACCAGCUCCGCGUCUACACGGCCGAGGCAGCCAACUUCUCGGACAUGGUUGAUGUCCUCUAUGUGGCCCAGAUGAUAGAGAAGUUUAUUGGCUACGUGGACCAGAUCAAGCAGCUGACAGACGUGAUCGUGGAGAUGGCCAGCAACAUCAUGCUGGUGGACGACCACAUCCUGUGGAUGUCCCAGAAGGAGGAGAAGGCCUGCAGCAGCAUCGUGCGCUCCCUGGAGAGGAUCGCAGCCCACACGCUGAGCAGCAACUCCCAGCACAUGGCAGUGAACUCCCGCAACAUCGCCUUCGAGGCGUACGUGGUGAAGCCCGAGAGCUACGUGGGGCUGAGCUGCGUGGCGUUCCAGCGCGGGGAUGGGGCCCCCCAGGGACGCUCCCCCCCGGCCGAGCGGGGGGCCGAGCCCACGCCCGACCAGCAGCUCCGGCUGCGCUGCACCACGGGGCGGCCCAACAUCUCCCUGACCAGCUUCCACAUCAAGAACAGCAUCGCCCUGGCCUCCAUCCAGCUGCCCCCCAGCCUGUUCGCCAGCCCCGCCCCGGCCACGCCGGGGGCCGACUGCAAGCUCCAGCUGCUGGUCUUCCGCAACGGGAAACUCUUCUGCAGCACCGGCAACUCCUCCCGCCUGGCCGACGACGGCAAACGCCGCAGCGUGGCCACCCCAGUCAUCUACGCCGGGACCUACGGCUGCGGAGUGGGGAACCUGUCAGAGCCGGUGGCCGUGUCCCUGCGACACCCCGGGGAGGGCACGGACCCCGUGGCUGCGUACUGGAACUUCGAGGUGCUGGGGGGCAUGGGGGGCUGGAGCGCCGAGGGGUGCCAGCUGGCCUCCCGCGAGCCCAACGUCACCUCCCUGCACUGCCGGCACCUCAGCAACGUGGCCGUGCUCAUGGAGCUCAGUGGGUUCCCCAGCGAGGCGCCGGGCGCCGUGGAGGUGCUGCACCCGGCCAUGUACACCUGCACGGCCGUGCUGCUGCUCUGCCUCUUCACCACCAUCAUCACCUACAUCGUCCACCACGGCACCAUCCUCAUCCCGCGGAAGGGCUGGCACAUGCUGCUUAACCUCUGCUUCCACAUCGCCAUGACGGCCGCCGUCUUCGCGGGAGGCAUCACCCUCACCGGCUACCGGGCCGUGUGCCAGGCCGUCGGCAUCAUCUUGCACUACUCGUCCCUCUCCACGCUGCUCUGGAUGGCGGUGAAAGCCCGGGUGCUCUACAAGGAGGUGACCUGGAAGGCGCCACAGCAGCCGGACAGGGACACGUCCCAGGCAGCCCCCAGACCCAUGCUGCGGUUCUACCUGAUCGCCAGCGGGAUCCCCCUCAUCAUCUGUGGGAUCACAGCAGCUGUCAACAUCCACAACUACCACGACAGCAACCCCUACUGCUGGCUGGUGUGGCGGCCCAGCCUGGGCGCUUUCUACGUCCCCGUGGCUUUCAUCCUGCUCGUCACCUGGAUUUAUUUCCUCUGCGCCGGGCUCAGCCUCCAGUGCCGCCCCUCGCACCAGAAAGAGAUCCCGGAGCCGCUGGAGCCGCCGCCACGGCUGGGGGGGACCAGCGACCUCCUGACAGACUCUGGGUCCAUCUCGGUGACGCUCAACUCGGGGCCGCCCUGCCCCGAUGGGGACGGUGUCCACUCCCUGCGGGCGCAGUUCUGGGCGCUGGUGGCCACCCACGCCCUGUACGUGGCCCUGUGGACGUUCGGUGCCAUGGCCGUGUCCCAGCGCUGGUACCUGAACAUCGUCUUCAGCUGCCUCUACGGCGUCACCGCCGUGGCGCUGGGGCUCUUCAUCUUCGUCCAUCACUGCCUCCGGCGCCGGGACGUGCUCAGCUCCUGGUUCUCCUGCUGCCCGUCGUACCGGAACGCGCUGCCCAUGCAGGCCUACGUGCACCCCGGGCUGGGGCCGGAGGACGGCUCGCAGGUCUUCAUCGGCUGCGACCCGGAGGCCGCUCGCUCCGGCGCCUCCUCCUCCUCCUCGCCCAGCAGCGCCGGCUCUGCCGGGGGCCGCUGCAAGCUCACCAACCUGCAGGUAGCCCAGAGCCAGGGGGACGCACGCCCGGCGCCCUGCCCGGAGCCGGACCCCGCGGACGGGAAGCCGGUCAGGCACGCCAGCAACCUCCACGGCCGCAGGAGCCACCGCGGCAGAACUAAGCCGUGCCGCGACGGGAAGCACCACCGCUUGAAAAUGCUGCGGGGCCCCUCGGAGCACGCGUCCAGCGAGAGCGGAAGCCUCCAGAACAGCCACUCCGAGAGCUUCCCCAGCGGCAGGACCAGCCCGGCCAGCGGCGGCCGCGCAGGGCCGCGGGGGCCGCAGGACGGGGACGCGGCCCCCAGCCCCUCGGAGGGCAGCGACGGAGGGCGGAGGGCGCCCGACUUCGCCGAGGCUCGGCGGAGGAGCGGCAGCCGGGACAACCUGCGGCCGGGCGGCAGCGCCGAGAGGGAGGCGAAGCGCCGCUCCUACCCCCUCAACGUGGGCAGCCACAACGGCGGCCUCAAGGGCAGCAAGUACGACAUCGACCUGGCCAGCGCCGACGGCACGGCCGGCAUGAAGACCGGCCUCUGGAAGAGCGAAACCACCGUGUGAGGCUGGGCGAGCACCGACGGCCGCAGCGCUUUCCUGCGGGAGCCGCGGCCGGAGCCGCUGGGGCACGGCUGCGGGAAUCCCCACUGCACUAGGCAGGGAUGGGCGGCGCCGCCGGGGGCUCCGGCUCCCCCGGGCACAGCACGGCCCCGGGCACACCCAUCUCCCCGAGGAGGCGCCGAGCUUCUCGCCGCGGUGCCGGCGGCUCCGGGCAACCCUGGCCCGCCGGCGGCCGGAAUUGCGGCCGUGCUUUAAUCACUCCUGCAUGUCACUUGAGAUUGAUCCUAAAUGCUAUUUUAUAUUAUACAGAGGAAAUGUCUAUUUUUCAAAGCUAUAUUAUUGAAUGUAUAUAUGUAUAGACAGAGCCGUAGGUGAUGCUCCCGUGCCCUGGGAGCGGGCGCUGGGCCAGGGCCCGCUCGUGCCACGACUGCAAUAUUCCCGCUGAGGGACCGCUCCAAGUGCCCUUGACGUCCAGGCAGCGCCGCCCCAGCCUGAGCAAAGUGCUUCUGGAGAGCAGCUGCUCCCUCUGGAACGUUCCUACCGCACCUACAGCGCCGGGGGCCGGGCGGUGCCAAAGCCAUAUUGCAAACCAAGCACAAGGUAAGAGGAGCCUCAGCUCCAGGGUGAGGUGAUUGUCUGCACUGCUUUAAUGCCAGACACUAAAAUAACGGCCAGAAAAGGCUCCGGGCACUAAAAUCACAGCCAGAAAAUGCUCCCAGGCCCUCAGAGGCUCAAGCCACGCAGUGGGGUGGGUUGGCAGACCCACGCUGCUGCCGGAGCCAGGACUGACCCUCUGUGCCAAAGCACCAAAGAACCAAAGAACCAAGAGGUGGGAGAGGCCCAGAGCAGCUCUGCGUCCUUAAUCCAGGCGUUCAAGCUCAGAAAAUACCUAGGUUUGCUCUUAAGAAGGCAGAGACCAUUCUGGGGAGCAGGGACCAUUCCUGGGAAUGCAAGGGAAUUAGGAAGGAAUGCCAAGGAAGGAAUUAGGAAUGCCAAGGGAUUAGGGGCCUUCCUCGGACCCUAAAGGGCUGGAACCUGGAUUAGCACUUACUGUUCCCAUUGAAAAACCAAGUUUCCCCUUUUUCCCGGCACACAGGUAAAACAGCCAGGCCACAGAGAGGCUGCAGCAAAGCAGAGGAGGAAGGUGGGAGCCUGGUGCCUCCCCCGCCCUUUCCAGCCUCCCCUGCCUCAGUUUCCCCCGCCUGCAAAUGAGUUUAAUAACAUAGCUACCUCCGAGGGGUCGUGGGGCUGGCAGGGCCACGAGCCAGGGGAGGAAAAAGCACUUAGUGGGGCUUGGUCUCACCUGGGAACCACUGACCCCACAGGGCUGGGGCACCCCUGGGCUUAACCUGCCACUCCCUGCCUGCCUCGGCUUCUCUGCCCACUAAAAUGUUUAAAUAUCCCAUCGUCCCUGGUAUUUAACACAGUUUAAACCCUUACAGCCUGGCUGAUGCCCCGUGGUUCUAUUGCUUGCUGCAUUGUGACAGUAUUAGAGGAAAAGCUUUGUAUUCGUAAUUACACUUUGUUUUGUGUGUUUACAAGCGAAUGACAUAUCAACAGAGCUUCCUGCAAUAUCUGGGGGGAGGGAGGGAAAUAUGCCAAAGAAAUGUCUUCAAAGGGGUCUUUUUGCAUUUUUAUAUGAAUAGAAUGUUUCUAGCAGAUAUGUUUUGUUUAAUAUAUUAAAGAUAUGCCAAUCUGC